AAAAAGAUAGGUAUUAGUGAAAUUUUCGCUCAAAAUGGUGGCAAUAGACAAAAAUUCGAGUGUUUUUAUGCAAACGCUGUUUUACCUUAUGAACCAGAGUAAUAUUGUACAGGAUACUUCGUACAACUAUUACUUUAUGCAAAUCGGACAAGACAAUGUUAUAGAAUCGAAAGCAUCCAAGUGCUAUGGGAUAUAUGGUUGUUUCGAAUUAGGAUAUCCAUGGACCUCAGAAAAUCGACCAAUAGCUUACUAUCCCGAGGAGUUAGAAAAAAUAGAACCACAAUAUCUACUUUUAACCAGAGAAAAUCCAGUUGUACCUAUAACUAUGGAAUUAAACGAUUUUGAUUACGAAGAUUCGCUGGAUUUUGAUCCCGAAAAAAAUAUUUAUAUCGUAACGCAUGGGUAUAUGGAAGGAGGUACAAUAAAAUGGAUUCAUGAAAUCGCAGCUGCCUUAUUAGCUCAAGAAGAUUGUAAUGUUAUUAUUAUAGAUUGGCAGCGAGGCUCUGGACCGCCAUACACUCAAGCUGUUGCAAACAUAAGGUUGGUUGGAGCUAUGACUGCGUAUCUGUUGUCGGAUAUUUCAAAGUAUACCGGUGAUCUCAAGCUAAAUCAUGUCCAUGCGAUAGGUCACUCUUUAGGAGCACAUCUGUGUGGAUACAUAGGUUAUACUUUACAAAAGGAUUUCAAACUUACGCUGGGAAGGAUCACUGGUAUGGACCCUGCAGAACCUCAUUUUGCCAAAGCUAAACCUCCAGUACGACUUGAUAGAUCUGCUGCUCAUUAUGUUGAUAUUAUACAUACCGAUGCGAGUCAGUUUAUAAGAGGUGGAUUAGGAAUUGUUGAAAGUAUUGGACACGUUGAUUACUAUCCAAAUGGCGGCAAUGAGCAGCCUGGUUGUACCAAGGGAGUGCUUCAAUAUAUCAGGGACUUCAACGGAAGCGUUUUUAAUGGGGUUAAGAAAUAUUUGGGAUGUAACCACGUAAGAAGUCAUGAGUUUUUCUACGAAAGUAUAAAAGCAAACCCAAAAUGCAAAUUUUUGACAGUUUCAUGCUCGAGUUUUCAAGAUUUUACAAGUGGAAAAUGUUUUGGAUGUGGCCCUAAUAAAGAAAACUGCAUUCCAUUUGGUUUUCAUGGUCGGAAACAUUACCAACUAUACCUCGCUGAUAGAUGGAAGCAUACUAGUAGGAUUCAGUAUUUAAUUACGGGGGAAAGUGGUCCUUUUUGUAGGCAUCACUACCGAAUAACCGUCCAAGUGUCCAAUUCUAACUACAGCCGUACACACGGUGGAGAAAUCGGCCAACUUAUAUUCACUAUGCAUAGUACAAGUGACGGAAGGGGGCACAAAACCGAACCCAUUGGCUUCAUUAGCGGUUUCCACGAACCAGGAGGUUUAUACACAGGUGUUGUAGCUACUGAUUCAGUUCCUCAUAUGAAAGCAAUCGAAAUAGAAUGGAAAUAUAACAGUAGUUUGUUCAACCCCUUAACUUGGAGGAUUUUGACAACACCGAAGAUAUAUUUAAAUAAGAUUACUGUGGAUGCGCUAGAAAUAUCUCAGAGCAUCACGGUUUGCCCAAAGAAUUAUAUGCCUCUUGCAAAUGGUAUACCACAACUGAUGAUACCGUCCUAUUGUUAAACAAAUGUUUGAUUUAUCAUUCAUACUGAGCAUUUACAUUUGUUACUUCAUUCACUUGUCGUUUUCAUUAUUUAUUUUUAAUUGUAAGCAUGCACUAUCAAUGCAAAAUAGAAAUAUAGUUUUUUA